GACCUUUUCUUUUCUCGAAGACUAAUUUUAAGGGACUCUCCUUCUCUUUGCAUCGGCCGUCCCUAACAUUCGGACUCUGUUCUUGCUAGAGCCAAACCCUAGAUUCGGCCAUUACCAUUGAGUGAAGAUGCUGCGAGUUGCAGGGAGGAGGCUUUUGUCUGUUUCGCAGAGAUCUUCCACUGCGUCCUCCUUCGCUCUCUCGCGAGACCAUACGCUCUCCGAUGGCGGCGACUCCUCUUCAGCCCCCAGAUCCGUCGCCUCUGCAGGUCUUUCAUAUUUCAAUUCUGAUCACCGGAGCCUUCUAAGAGGUUUCUCUUCUCAAGUCCUCACUCAAGGAAAUGAGGUAGGUUUUGGUUCGGAAGUCCCAGCCACAGUCGAAGCUGUCAAAACACCUAACUCAAAGAUUGUCUAUGAUAACCAUAACCAUGAGCGUUACCCACCUGGUGACCCCAGCAAGCGUGCAUUUGCCUAUUUUGUCUUGUCUGGUGGGAGGUUUGUCUAUGCCUCUGUUAUCCGCCUUCUUGUUCUGAAGCUUGUUGUGAGCAUGUCCGCAAGUAAAGAUGUUCUUGCCCUUGCAUCUCUUGAGGUUGACCUCGGGACCAUAGAACCGGGUACUACUGUUACAGUGAAGUGGCGUGGAAAGCCCGUCUUCAUCAGGAGAAGAACAGAAGAUGACAUCAAGCUGGCCAAUAGCGUGGAUGUUGGAUCUCUGAGGGAUCCACAAGAAGACUCGGUGAGGGUCAAGAAUCCGGAAUGGUUAGUGGUGGUUGGAGUCUGCACUCAUUUGGGGUGCAUCCCUUUGCCUAAUGCUGGUGACUAUGGAGGUUGGUUCUGCCCGUGUCACGGUUCACACUACGAUAUUUCUGGAAGGAUUCGAAAAGGCCCUGCACCGUACAACCUGGAAGUACCAACCUACAGCUUCUUGGAAGAGAAUAAGUUACUCAUUGGUUGAUUAAUAAAAGCACAACAGCCAGAGUUUCUGGUUCUCAUUGAACUUCAUCUGUUUUUUAUUUUAAUUAAUAUUUCGGCAACUUAGAGCAAGAUUUGACUUGUUUUUGCUGAAUAAUAAAAAACUUGUCAUAUUUAUUGAACGUAUACUCGAGCUUUGUUUUUCCGACGAUGAUGAAAGACUCUGUUCAUAGUCUCUGUUUAUUGUUUAUCAUGCUUAUUUUUCCUA